AUGGACCAAAUGUCAGUAUAUGCCAAGUUUAUGAAAGAACUACUCUAUCAAAAACAACAUUUGAGAGAUGAUGAAAAUGUUGUUUUGGCUGAAGAGUGUAGUGAUAUAAGCCAAAGGAAAGUUCCACCUAAACUUACUGACCCUGGUAGGUUUACUAUCUCAUGUUCUAUUAGACCUGUAAAAGUUGACCAAGCUCUUCGUGAUUUGGAAGCAAGCAUUAAUUUGAUGCAACUGUCCAUGAUGAAGAGGUUGCAGUGUGGAGAUCCGAAGUCCACUCAUAUGACUCUUACACUGGAUGAUCAUUCAGUAACAUAUCCAUGUGGAAUUUUGGAGGAUGUAUUGGUUAAGGUUGAUGACCUUAUUUUUUCGGCAGAUUUUGUCAUUUUGGACAUGCCUGAAGACGUUAAAACUCCUUUAAUUCUAGGAAGACCAUUCCUAGAAAUAGGAAGAUCUUUGAUUGAUGUAGAGUUAUGGGGUAUAGAAUUGAGGUUUAGUAAAGAGCGAGUGGUUUUCAAUGUAUUUGAAGCCACAAAGCAUCCCCAAUGCUACAAGGUGAGGAAACUGUUGCAAUCACUCAAGAAGUGGACACCGAAAAAGGAAAAAUUCAGAGUGGAACAUAUGGUCCGAUGGUGGAAAUCUAGACUAAAAGGGUUGUUAAGUGUGUUUAGAUGUAAGGAAAUUGUACCUUACAUAAUUUAG